UCUAGCAUAUUUCUUUUAUCAGUCUCCGUGCCUCUGUUGUUUUGAAGUGGCACUGCUCUUGCGCAGGAACUGCUGAGGACCUGCGCGGCUGGGCACACUCUUCAGAUCGUGGAUGCGUGACCUUGUGCAGUUUUUCUCCAGCUGAGUUCACGCAGACGCAGAAUCUGCACAGAAUCCGCGCAGUGUUCGGCAGCUCUACGGCCAAGAACGCAGCGUGAUAGAAUUUCAAAAUGGCAGCCACCUUAGGAAGAGUAUUUAGAACUUCUAUCUCUAGAGUUUCCUCCGUUGGGCUGAAGUCUGCUUCGUCCCCAGUUGGAUCAUUGCUAUAUAACUCUUCCAGAAGGAUCCUCGCCUGCUCAGCCAACCAAAAACUUGCCUUCAGUACAGGCUGUGUGAGGUUGGCUCCUGUUGUCACCCAGCAUGCUCCAUACUUCAAAGGCACUGCUGUUCACAAUGGGGAGUUCAAGGAGAUCAGCCUUGAUGACUUCAAGGGCAAAUAUCUAGUUCUUUUCUUUUAUCCUCUAGAUUUCACUUUCGUCUGUCCUACAGAGAUCAUUGCCUUCAGUGACAAAGCCAGUGAGUUCCAUGAUGUCAACUGCGAGGUUGUCGGGGUCUCUGUGGACUCUCACUUUACCCACCUGGCCUGGACCAACACUGCUCGAAAGAGUGGUGGCCUGGGUCACGUAAACAUCCCCCUGCUGUCUGAUCUCAACAAGCAGGUGUCCAGGGAUUAUGGAGUGCUGCUGGAGGGGCCUGGCAUUGCAUUGAGAGGCCUGUUCCUGAUUGACCCCAGUGGUGUUGUGAAACACAUGAGCAUCAACGACCUGCCGGUGGGUCGCUGUGUGGAGGAGACCCUGCGGCUGGUCAAGGCCUUCCAGUUUGUGGAGACCCAUGGAGAGGUCUGCCCUGCCAGCUGGACCCCCGAUACUCCCACGAUCAAGCCAACCCCUGAAGGUUCGAAAGAAUAUUUUGAGAAGGUGAAUGAGUAGGAGAUCAGUAAGAGAUAGUUACUGCAACCUGAGCACUACAUUUGUAAGCUCUUAGAAGUUAAAAGUGGGUGCAGUCCGAGUUAGCAUGUUUGAAAAGCCAACUGCAACUGACACUUAAAAGUGACUGAAGAUGGGAAAUUAAGAAACAAACUAUUCAAAAAUAAAAUGAGACUUAAAAAUGAAUGUACUUUGUAUUAAUGACCUGAAUUCUGCUUUGUGCCAAUGAUGGCUACAAUAGUACUUUGUUUAGUUGCUGGAUUGUAAAUAUCCCACUUUAAAACUCUUGGAAGAUUUGUAUGAUUAAAUGUUUAUGAUUCAGCCACAUUCA